AUGGCAGCUGCCUCCGUGCUCACUCCCAGCUCGCACUAUCAACCGCCCUCCUUUGCCGCCUCGACUUACCCGCCACACUCAUCAUCGUCGUCAUCAUCUGGUCCCUCACCCACACCAAACAUGAUUUCCUCGGCAGAGCCGCCCCGUCGAACCGGCGAUGAUAGCAAUAGCAGCAACGUCCCCGAGCCGCCCGCCCGCCAGUCGCUGCCCUCUAUCUCUGAGGUCAUCUCGGGUACGCGCCCGGGACAGUACCCGCCGCCGCACAGCAGCAUGCCGCCCCAGCCCAGCACCGGCGGCCUGCCGUCGCCCUUUGCUCCCCCGUCGCGCCAGUACAGCGACUCAGACAAGCACUCGCGCUCGCCUCAGCCGCUGCACCCCGUCUCGUUCCCCUCGCGGCAGGACGCCAUUCCCGCCUUUGCCGACUCCCCGCGACCGCCGUUCAACGGACGCCCGGGCCUGCCUCCCGUCACCGAUCGCAGGCCGACACCCCCCAACAAGCAAGACGGCCACGGCCCUAUGCACCACGACCACCGCUCCGUGUCGGGAGGCUACCCUCAGCCGCCUGCGCCCACCUCGCACCCCUACCAGCCCGCCCACCUGCCGCCCGGUCAGAUGCCGCUGCCCGGAUACCCCAUCUCGCCUCGCCAUGAGCACUACGACGCUCCCCGUCCCCAAACACACGGCGAGCCUGCUCCCUAUGCACGCAGCAGAUACGAGGCAGCUCCUAGGCACUACGAGAACUGGACCUACCACGAGUCCUUUAGCCGCAUUGGCUCCAAUUCCCGCACACUCUUCAACUUUGCUGAGGCAUACGGUCGGGCAGCUCAGGAGCAGCAAGGCGGCCAGCCCUCGGUCGAGCGCUUGCCCAGCGAACGCGAGGUCAACGAGAUGCUCGCCAACGUCGAUUAUAUCCGACGCUCCCUUGAGCAGGUCCGCGACAUUGUUCAACAUACCGAGCGGGCUCGUGAGGGGGCCAAGGCCAAGAGCGCCUACGAAGAGAUGCAUGACGUAAACAUGUACAAUGAUGGCAAGCCUCACUAUCCUGUCAAUGAAGUAAAAAAGCGCCGCGGUCGAGCUGCCCCUCCUGGACGUUGCCACAGUUGUAACAGAAUCGACACACCCGAAUGGCGACGUGGCCCCGACGGUGCCCGCACUCUGUGCAACGCCUGCGGACUGCACUACGCUAAGCUAGAGCGCAAGCGCCAGACCGAAGCCCGAUCGCUUGGACCAAAGACCGAGGAGCGCAAUUAG